AUGUUCACCAUCAAGAGCUUGACGCUCCUCACCACUGCGCUGUGCGCAUUACUCUGCUCGGCAAGGCCGGCGCCCCAAGGCACGACACCACCCACCGGACCCGGCGGCUACUGGCUUGCGAAUGUCGACCACUCGAAAGACACGGUAUGGGAUCCCGACGCGGAAGGCGCACCUGCCGCCAACUACCAGAUCUUCCGCAACGUUCUCGAGUAUGGCGCGGUUGGAGACGGCAAGACUGACGACACCGCGGCCAUCAAUAAGGCCAUGUCUGACGGAGAACGCUGCGGUGGCGGACCAGACACACCAUGUGACUCCACCACCGUCUACCCGGCCAUCGUCUACUUCCCGCCCGGCAACUACCUUGUCAGCAAGCCGAUUGAGAUGUACUACUACACCCAGAUGAUUGGCGACGCCACCGACCUGCCCACUAUCUCUGCCUCAUCCGACUUCGACGGCAUGGCUGUCAUUGAUGCCGACCCGUACGCAUAUCUCUCCAACGGCUCGGCGGUCAACUGGUUCACCAACCAGAACAACUUCUUCCGCCAGGUUCGCAACUUCAAGAUCGACAUCACGCAAUGGGGCGGCGGUCUGAGCGGUGCCGGUAUUCACUGGCAGGUGGCUCAGGCGACCUCUCUCCAAAACAUUGUCUUCGAGAUGAGCGACAACCCGGCCACUGCCCAGGUGGGAAUCUUUAUGGACAACGGAAGCGGCGGCUUCAUGGCCGACCUCGUCUUCAACAACGGUGGCAAGUGUGCGUUCUUUGGCAGCCAGCAGUUCACCACCCGCAACAUGACCUUCAACAACUGCCAGACUGCUGUCUACAUGAACUGGAACUGGGGCUGGACUCUCCAAGGUCUCACCGUCAACGGUGGUGGUACAGGUCUUGAUAUGUCCGUCAACCCAACCAACCAGUCCGUGGGCUCUGUCUUGCUUGCAGACACUGUCAUGAAGGACGUGGAAUAUGGCGUUCGCUUUGCCUACCAGAACGACUCCUCAAACUUCUACCCCACCGGUGGUUCGCUCAUUCUCGACAACGUCGACAUGUCCGGCGUCACUACCGCUUCGGUCGUCGACUACAACAACAACACCGUGCUUGAGCCUAUGAAGGUGCAGACGUGGGCUUCUGGUAACGGCUACCAUGCGACCCGCCAAGGCACCGACACCACCUUGCAGGGCUCUAAGCAGGAGAAUGCCAUCAUCGCGCCGAGGAAAGCUCCAAGCCUGCUUGACAGCAACGGCAACAUCUUCACGCAAUCACGCCCGCAAUACGAGACUAUGCCCGCCAGCUCUUUCCUUUCCGCCAAGCAGAACGGCUGUGCUGGUGAUGGCUCUACUGACGAUACCGCCGCCAUCGUGAACCUCUUGAAGAUGUCUGCCAGCCAGAACAAGGUCGCCUACUUCGAGCAUGGCGCUUACCUCGUCAAGAACACCGUUCUUGUUCCACCAGGUGCCAAGAUGACUGGUGAGAUCUGGCCGUUGAUCCUCGCGGAUGGUCAGUCCUUCAGCAACACCAAGCAGCCGAAGCCAGUCUUCCAGGUCGGUAAAGCUGGCGGCGAGCAAGGCUCUUUCCAGAUCAGCGACUUCGUUUUCGAGACACUUGGCCCAGCGAGCGGUGCCAUCAUGAUCGAAUGGAACAUGCAAUCUCCUCAAGGCGAGUCUGGCAUGUGGGACACCCACGUCCGCAUCGGUGGCUCAGCCGGCACCGACCUCCAAGGCCCUCCAGCAUACGGCAACUGCCGCAAGAACCCAGAGUCCACCCAGGUCAACCUCCAGUGCGAAGGCGUCUUCAUGAUGUUCCACGCCACCCGGCCAUCCUCCGGUAUCUACCUCGAGAACACCUGGUUCUGGGUCGCCGACCACGACCUCGACCACGAGACACCUCAGCAAAUCUCUCUCUACAGCGCUCGCGGCGCGCUCAUCCAGUCCGAAGGACCGAUCUGGAUGUGGGGCACCGCCUCCGAGCACUCCAUCUUCUACCAAUACCAGAUCGACGGCGCCCAAGCCGUCUUCUCCGGCUUCAUGCAAUCCGAGACGCCCUACAUGCAGCCCAACCCGCUCGCCCCGGCGCCCUUCACCGUCAACACCGCCUACGACGACCCGCAAUUCGCCAUCUGCGGCAGCGGAACCGACGGCAGCCCGAUCCCGUGCAAAGACGCCUGGGGCCUGCGCAUCGUCAACAGCCGCAACGUGCUCAUCUACGGCACUGGGCUGUACAGCUUCUUCAACAACUACGACCAGGACUGCGUCGGCACGCACAACUGCCAGCAGCACAUGGUGCAUAUCCAGAACAGCCAGGUCAGCAUGUACACGGUGAAUACAGCGAACUCGGUGUCGAUGAUUGUGGAUGACAACAUGGGCACGGUGGCGGGAGAGGAUAACAGGAACUGGUUUUGCGACACUGUGUCGUAUUACUUUACGCCGCAGUAA